GGAGGAGGAAGAGGAGGAGGAGGAGGGAACCGAAGCAGGAAGGCAGGCAGGCAGAGAGGCAGGCUGUGAAUGCUAACAAGCACCGUCGGAAUCAUAGCGCUCCAUCGGUAGGGUUUGAUAAAAAAAAAAGAAAAAGACCGUCUCGCCAUGGAGAGGAACGACGACCACUAUUAAACACCUACUAUGCGCCAGUGCCGCGUUCGCCCUGUGCGCGUGCAGCAGCCUCACCGUCGUCGGCACGUUUGAUCAGAAAAACCGUCUUUUUCCGCUGAGUGAAAUGUAUCGCGACUGCUCCGGAUUCACAUUCUGACAAUGGAGAUUGAAAAUAUCGUGGCCAACACGGUUCUCCUGAAGGCAAGAGAAGGUGGAGGAGGGAAGAGGAACGGUCGCAGUAAGAAAUGGAAGGAGAUGCUAAAACUCCCACACAUCAGCCAGUGUGAGGAGCUACGCCGCUCUAUCGACAGGGACUACACCAGUUUAUGUGAGAAGCAGCCCAUCGGUCGGCUGUUAUUCCGUCAGUACUGUGACACCAGGCCAGAGCUGAAGCGCUGCAUCGAGUUUAUGGAUACUGUGGCCAUGUACCAGCUAGCUCCAGACGAGAAGAGGAGGGACUGUGGACUGAAUGUUUUAGACACAUACUUUAAUAAUGGGUCGGCAGCCCAUCUGCCAGACGUACCCCAGGAUGUGGUCGCUGGGUGUCGGGAGAGGCUGGAGCAGAGUCCAUGUAAGGAGCUCUUCAACGACUGCACCAAAAUAGUUCGUGAUUAUCUGAGUGGAGCUCCAUUUUCCUCCUACCACGAGUCCAUGUACUUCUCUCGCUUCCUGCAGUGGAAAUGGUUGGAGAGGCAACCAGUAACCAAAAAUACCUUCAGACAUUACAGAGUACUAGGAAAAGGUGGAUUUGGCGAGGUUUGUGCCUGCCAAGUACGUGCCACCGGUAAGAUGUACGCCUGUAAAAAGCUGGAAAAGAAACGAGUGAAGAAAAGAAAAGGUGAAGCAAUGGCACUAAACGAAAAACGCAUUUUAGAAAAAGUUAACAGUAGUUUUGUAGUUAAUCUAGCAUAUGCCUAUGAGACCAAGGAUGCGCUGUGCCUGGUGUUGACCAUAAUGAAUGGCGGUGACUUAAAGUUUCACAUCUACAACAUGGGCAACUCCGGCUUCGACGAGCAGAGGGCCAUCUUCUAUGCUGCUGAGAUCUGCUGUGGCCUUGAGGACCUGCACCGUGAGAGGAUAGUCUACAGGGAUUUGAAACCUGAAAACAUCCUUCUGGAUGAUCGUGGACACAUCCGAAUCUCAGACCUGGGCCUUGCUGUUCAGAUCCCUGAAGGAGAGACGAUACGAGGGAGAGUGGGCACUGUUGGAUACAUGGCUCCCGAGGUGAUCCAGAACGAGAGCUACACCGUCAGCCCGGACUGGUGGGGGCUGGGCUGCCUGAUCUUUGAGAUGAUACAGGGCCAGUCGCCCUUCCGAAAGCGCAAGGAGCGUGUCAAGCGGGAGGAGGUGGACAGACGAGUGCGCGAGGACCAGGAGGAGUACUCUGAUAAGUUCGUGGAGGAGGCGAAGGACAUCUGCAGACAGCUCCUGGCUAAGGACCCCAAGGAGCGACUGGGUUGCCAGGGUCGAGGGGCCAUAGAGGUGAAGCAGCACCCCAUCUUCAGAAACAUCAACUUCAAACGGCUGGAGGCCAACAUGCUGGACCCUCCCUUCAGCCCUGAUCCUCGGGCCGUGUACUGUAAAGACGUCCUGGACAUCGAGCAGUUCUCCACCGUCAAAGGCGUGAACCUUGACCCCACAGACGACGACUUCUACCACAAGUUCGUCACGGGCAGCGUCUCCAUCCCGUGGCAGAACGAGAUGAUCGAGAUGGAGUGCUUCAAGGAAAUCAACGUCUACGAGACUGACGGGACGCUGUGCUCAGAUCUGGACGUGAAUCGGCCUAAUCCUCCACCAAAGAGAGGCUUCUUCUACCGCCUCUUCAGAAGAGAGGCAAGUGCUAGUGCUCCGGCAACUGUCCGGGGGGGUGGGGGCUAAGGUCUGUUUUAAGAGCGGUUACAGUGACGACGAGAUCGAGGGGCCCUCGCGACUUUAAACCACUCCCUCCACCUGCCGCCUCCUCCUCCUCCUCACCCCCUUCCUCCCUCCUCCCAUCCCUAACCGCUGAACUUCGCCACAAACUCCAACCGAGCGCAAAUCUUAGGAACUCAGUGAAUGUUGACCUGUAUUUAUGAGCUGUAUUAAAAGUGUAUUAUAAUUAAAGAAAAAAGUAUGAGUUUAAAGAUUUUGUACAUUUGUACUUGAAUUUAUGUCUAGAUGUAUAUUUUCACUAAAGGUUGUAUUGUACAAAAAGCCAUAAAAGUACCACUUGAAUGCAUACAUUACGUUUUGAUUUUCUGUUGGAAUGAGUAUGUAUGAAUAACGUGUGUCGGGGAGUUCUCUGUAAGAAGCACAGUACCAGUAGUUUUCUUUCCUUUUCUUUUCUCAAUGUAGCAUAAGGCCUUUUUUUUUUUUUAACAUGUGCUGUAUGUUUGUCAUUGAUUUGGUCAACAUGACGUGUUGUUGGCACAGCAGAUCCACCCGGUUCCCAAACUAGCCCUGAGCCUCUGCACCCCUCAAGGCUCGGGUAGAUCUGAAUGACGUGGGGGGAAAUGCAUCCAGUCUAGCGUUGCUGUGUUGAUGCUGUGCUCCACCUGCCCCCCUUUGAUUAGAAUUGGUUUUAAAGUGAUCUCCCACAUCCUUCCCUCAGCCCAGUGAGGUUGCACUGGACUGUAUGUUAUGUGUAGGAAACCGUCUUCUGGCUUCCUGUACUAAUUACAUUUUCAGCAGAGAUGGCAUGCAGUCAGCAAGCGUUGGUAUAUUUAAAGUAAAUAUCCCGGAGGCUUUGUUCAGUAAAAGAAGGUCUGAUAAUUAUCAUUCCUGUUCUCUAAAGAAUCUCUCAUGGGCUCCUAAAAGGCUCCGAUCUUUUAAUUUCAGAUAUCAGACUGUGUUUCCUUCUGGAGAACAGCUGUUUAGUGAAAGUCUGUUACAUUAUUCACUCAGGCAAAAUAUGUCUUUUGGUUAUCUUUAUUCCUCAUCCUUUCUUUUACCGCUUCUUAUAUUGUACUACCUGGCUUUUCUUUCUUUUGUUUUUCCUGACGUGUCCAGUUAUUGUUAUAAACCAGUUUCAUGGGCCGAGCGGAAAUCCUUUCCCUUCAAGUAUCUUAGUAAUUUGCCACCCAUGUUUUCAGUAUACCAGAAAGCCAGGUGGAGUUGGAACACAUGACAGAUGAUGAUGGUGAUGAUGGCACUGUAUAAGAUAUCUAAUCUGCAGCUGACGAGGGCUUCAUCUUGAUAACAGAUUGCUGUUGCAUCAGCCUAACUUCCAUUGAUUAGGCUGUCAGCAGCUAUUAGCCUCGGUCAAGAUGCAGCCUGUAGAUCACAGACAGCACGAUGCCUGACGGACACACGUCCUGCUAGUAGACCUGCAGUUAGACCCCGUGGCUUUGGCUGUUUGUACUAGAUGAAAACACCGUUUCUUAAUCGUAAUAUUCCAUUUUAAAACCUGUACGUUGUUGUGCCGUAGGAAUGGCUUGGGACAGUUGUUUGUAUGCGUGUAGACCGGGAGGAACGGGGGAAUCAUCAUCCUGCAGCCAGAGUCUGUGUACAGGAACAUUUGUCCACUUGCAGAACCACAGUUGCUGUGCACUUUUGUUUCUUCAUAGACAAAGUGUUUACUUCCAAGUUAACCAGUUGUGAACAAAUGCUUUUUCUGUACAUUUCUCAGCAUGUUCUCAUUGUUUUUCUCAUUUGCAUUUCGGAGGCAUUUGAAGCCGUUUUGCUUUUGAAUUUAGCUUUUGAAGCAGUUGCUGUUUACUCCCCAUCACCUGUUUUAAUGCUGUGAAUACCCAAUCUGGACAUGUUCACUGUGUGUGUGUGUAUGUGUGUGUGUAUGUGUGUGUGUGUGUGUGUGUGUGUGUGUGUGUGUGUGUGUGUGUGUGUGUGUGUUUUUCAUUGUAAGCAACUGCAGCUUCUGUUUAAUCUUAAUGCAUUGAAGUACAACGUCUUGAAUGUCACUCAUUUGAAUAUUAAACCGUUCAAGACAUUACAUUUAAAAUGGUACACGUAUAAUUCCCCAUCCUGAUAUCUAAUCUGGAGAGUUGGCUUGUUCUACAAAUGUUGUCCCCUGUCGCACAUUCCAUUGUCAAAAAUCAGGAAUCGAAUGCGUGCAUCUGUUGCUGGCUCGUCAUCACUUGAGUUUCUGAGUGUCUUUGUUCUUUUUGUUUUGUUGCUCUCAGGCACAUUUUGAAGCUGAUUUCUCUUGCCUCUGUAGAUUUUAGCCUUUUAGCUCUUUAGCCUCAAAAACCUUGUAAAUGAUGUAUUUCUAACAUGUAACUAACACACAUUCACUCUCUCUCACAGGGAAACUAAACUGUGUUUGCCACCCAUGCCUCUGUCAUUGUUUGAACUUUGCUCUUAUACCAUCCAUAUAGCAGUAAAGAAAGUCUGUUUAGUUUCAUUGCACUAUGUUGUGUUUUGACGAUGACUAUAGGAAGUGUCUUUAACCUUUUUUUGCCAAUGAUACCAAAAGCAACAUCAAGUAAAUCAAACUUGUCUUGUUGUCUGAAAAUUGUACUGAAGAAAGACUGACGGCCUUUAUUAUAUGUGCCAAUUACCAAGUUAUGUUCUGACAUCCUGCCUUUCUUUCCAGCCUCUUUUCUAUCAUUCCGUCCGUUCUGAGAGAAAGUCCUUCACAUAAAGGAACUUUACACAGCUCAACAGUUUUGAAUGUCCGCACUAAGUGCAUUGUAAUGCCUGUUUUAAAAAAAAAAAAAAAAAAAAAAAAAAAAAUACAUAUGUUUUAUUACUCAAGCAUGUAUUGGUUUGUAAUACUUCAGGUUCCUUGUAUAUGUAAAUGAUGACCUUCUAGUGCCAACAUAUCUCACUGGUAUCUGAGGACAACUUUAUAAAUGGCAAGGUGACCAGCUGAGUUGGCCCCCCGUUUAAAUGCACAACAUGCAUUCCUUCCCUUCUGCCUUCCUCCGAGGCGAUGGUGGCGAGUCUUUCCCUAAAAGCUGGGAUGGCUCACCAGCAACAUUUAGAAGGGAGAGGUCCUCAGUUCCUUGAUGUCACUUGAGUCUAGUUUUGGGAUAACCACCGAUGGAAUGCCUGGAGGCUCUCCAGGGUUUCACACUCUUCUGUUCAGAUAUGUCGGAUAAGUGAUCGAGGACGGGAGGAAUGACAAAUGCAUUAUUGGUGUUCAAACGGGGCCGGGGACUUCUUGAUUUUUUCUUCUUUUUUUUUUGUAUCUGUACAGUCAUGUCGUUCAACCACUGCAGUCAUUGUUAAUUCUUGUACAAGUUGUAUCACUGGUUGUUGUACCAUAUCUGACAUUUGUAAUUAUGAAAUAAUACACUGCCAUUUCUAUAAAAAUGCUUGUGUCUUGA